UGUCAGGCUUUGUUGUUCAAUGUUUUUGCAGGGGAAGGGAUAAUCUCAGCCAUUCAAUUACCCGCAUCUCGAGGUUUCCUGGUCUUUCGGUUGAUUUUCUUUAAUUCUUCUAAAUUGGCCACUGCUUUGUUUCUUCUUUUAGCUUUUUCUACCAGAAAUCGCUUGUUUUUCAACGCACUAGCGUGUAGGAAUUCUAAGAAUGAAGAUUUUUCGAGCCCUCUUAUUUUGUGUUGACAAUCUUGGCAAUGGAAGUUGCAAAGCUAAAGAUGGUUCUGUUGCUGUUCGCCUUCAUCUGGCUGGUUUCUGCUUCAGACAGUCAUUUGUCUCCGAAAGGAGUAAACUAUGAAGUGGCGGCUUUGAUGUCAAUGAAGAGUAGGAUAAGGGACGAACGGAGAGUGAUGGAAGGAUGGGACAUAAAUUCGGUUGAUCCAUGCACCUGGUUUAUGGUUGCUUGCUCUACCGAGGGCUUCGUGGUUUCUCUUUUCCUGGGUAAAAACGACCCAAAAGAGGGUUGUACAACAUUUGUUUUUCUUACUCGAAGGUAAAGCUGAAAUAUGCUUUUAAUUAUUGUUGUUA